AGAAAAAAAAAUAACAUUGCCCUAUUUCCACCUGACACAAAUCGUUGAUGUAGAUAUAUUAUUAUAUUGAAAUUAAAUCAGGAAAAAAAUGAAAAUAUCAUUUCAACACAUUGGAAACAUUUAAAAUCAACGAUUCUGAAGCUACAAACAACACAUCGAUGUCAAAUUGACAAUAAUAAUGAUUUCAAUACGAACAUUACAACGAUUUUAUUAUUUCCGUGAUUUUCGAAUCGUUAAUAGUGGUCUUUCAACAUUUACUAAUGAUUGCCGUCUAGGCAAACCAUCAAUUUAUUAUAUGAUGAUGAUGAAUAUACAACGACGACAAAUAUCGGAUGAUGGUCAACAACAACGACAACAAAAAUCAACAACAGGAAAAUCAAAAGAACAUAAGGAAAUGAAAGCACAUUUCAUGGAAGAUGGUAUUCGAAUGACAACCAGAGAACGUUUAAAACGGAUGGCUAUUCUUUAUGGUCCAUUGGCAACCGUUUUACAUAUUGGUCUUUCAUUGACAUUUUUAGGCAUAACAUAUAUUGUGAUUAAAUAUGGUUUCGAUGCAUUCGGUUUUAUGAAUGAUCAUAAUUUAUUUGGUGAAACUUAUAUGAAAAUUCUGGCUACUGGUGGUACAUUUGGUGUUGCAUAUGCAAUAUAUAAAGCAAUGAUGCCAUUACGUGUAUUGGUCACCAUAUUUGUUACGCCUAAAGUUGCAAAUAAAUUACAAACAAUGGGUUUAAUUAAAAAACGUUUCUAGAAAAAAA